CAACCUUGCGGAGAGGAAUGCGAGAGGGAGGGGAGGUAGAGAGAGAUCCCCUAAGGAACUGUGUUGUGCUAGAAGUGAUUGUUAUCACAGCUGAGCUCCAAAAUCUCUCUCCCCAGCCCAUGCAAGGGUGGGCUAACUGCACCUCUGCCAGCCUGACUGUAGGGUUGCACUGUGGUGCAAGGGGUGGACUGGGCAGUCUGAAACUCCUCCUGGCUCUGUCCUUGGAUUAGAGAAGAUCUCUAGUUGUCUCCCACUGAGAGUGAGUUUGACCGGCGUUUCUGUUGGAUGCUCCCUGGUCCCACUUAUCUGCAGUCCAGGAGUUCAUAGCAGGCAGGAGGACCUGUGGUUAAAAGGAAGGGAACACAGCAAAGAGACAGGAUGACAGGGAGGGCUCUGCUGCUGCAGAGCUGAUAGAUGAAGGCAUGCUGGUCUCUGGACCCUGAAAGGCUCGUCUGCCUCAGAGUGGGCUGCCAGUAUCUCAUUCUCACUCAGUCAUGGUUGCCAACUGGAUCGCUACAUGCUGCUAAGGAUAUUCAGAAUAUAGGAAUAAAUCCCCUAGACUAUGUCUCUUCUGGCUGGCAUGAAGGUUAUUACCAAAUUAUGGGCAUAAAACUUGCUUUUCCAGAGUUGCAUCACUGUGUGAGAGACUCUGACGUUCGCCUUCCUGGCUGUCCAUCAGGGUGAUCUUACCCUGCUCUGAAAGCUGCUGUGAUUCUGAGCAGUGCCGAGCCUCCUGCAGUGAAGUGCUGUGUCCUUGGGCUGGGGUCUGCAAAGUGAAGGAAAGCCCACCACAGGCCAAAUUGCUGUUCCCAGCUUUCAGUGCUACAAAGUAGUGAAGCUGGAUGUGGCAUCACAUCCGAAAGCUAUCCUGGUUCCUGUGUCCGGAGUGGAGAGCUCUGUGUUUCAGUGGAUUGACGUCACUGAGCCUGGAGCAGAGUUCGGAGUUCGACAUACCUGGGAUCUGAAAAAGACCAGGCUGGCCAGCAGAGGAGCUGCCAUGUGUUUCUCUUUGUGGUUUCCCAGAUGGAAACGACUCAGUUUUGAGAAGGCAGAGCCACACCCUGGUUUGCUCGGUGAAAAGCAGCCCUCCUUGGAUUGUACCCUGCACACUGAGUGCCUGGUGACUGGCGGCUUGGAGGUGAUUCCUUCCACAUAUGGGCGCUCUGAAGACCUUUGCAGAAAUGCUGCCUUUACUCCCAGGGCUGGGCUUCCUCCUUUUGGUUGGUUGGCAGGUAGCUGCUGCAACUUCGGCUGGGACGUAUAAGUGCUCCAGCUCCCCUGUCAAUGAAUCUGCCGUGUGUGCCUCCGUGCAAAGGGUCAGCCAGGAGAUGCUUCUUGAGAUAGUCCAUGGCCAAGCUUCCCCCUGCAGCCUCACUUUUGGUCAAUACGCCUGUGCACAGAGUGCUUGGCUCCGGGACCUUGAGGAUGAUUUCCUCGUGUCCUUGUAUUCUUGUCUUGCCCCUAAACCUGCCAGUGCUAUGGAUCCAGAAUACUCCGUUCUGUUCUUCUCCAAAUAUGAUGCCAAGAAACUUAAAGCUUCUCUGACUACGUUCAGUGAGCGGUUUUCUCACGUACCUCUUUCUCCGGAGUGGAACAUCAUCUUCUUUAAUGGCCUGUGGGAGAGGAUGCAGCAAAUACCCAGCAUUGACGACCCACAUGUUUUGUCUCAGUGGGUCCAGGAGGGGCUUCAGCCAUUCCUGAUCCAGCCCAAGGUCUUUGCUUGCCUGCAUGCCAAAAAAGUGUCAUGUGAGACAUUCCAGAAUAUAGUUGCUGCCCUGGUUGGCAUUUAUUCGGACCUCACAGUGGAAGAACAGAGGCAUAUUUACACCGGGAUCAAACAGUAUCUCAUCCAGGAUGGAUUGAACCAGACAUGCUACAAUGCAGCUGUUCCAGGUCUGAAUUCCACUGCUUGGUUUCACAGUUAUCUGGGAUCCUUUUUGGAGCACGCCACUGCUGGAGACCUGCGGCAUUUUGGUGAUGAACAAACACUUCAAAAAUUUGCCCGAGAUCCAGUGAAUAUGGAAAUGAUCAGCAACCUCACCUUGCUCCAGGAGACGGCUGUGUACUACACCUCGCUGCUGACCUCUGGGCCUGGUUUCCCUAUAUCAAGCCUCCCAGACAGAUUUGUGUGCUACCUGAGGCCCUCAGCAGUGAGCAACCUGAACAGAGAUGACUCUUUGAGCUUGGCCCAGAGGAUCAGUAAGAACUGCUUGAACCUGACACACAGAGGAAUAAUGAGAGAGCAAGUUCCCUCCCCCUCCCUUACAACAGAGGAACUGCAGGUUGCAUCCUCUUUGGUGAGAAAGUUUAAGCGUUUUCCACCUGCAAUCCUGCGUGCGUUGAGCCAGGCUGCAGUUGGGCUGUCCAUAUCUGACAUCGAAAAUGGCAUCAGUGAUAAAGACCUCAAAGCCUCUAUUCCUGCCCUGGGAGAGGUUCGUGGCUGGAAUGCUGAACAGUCCAGCACUAUCAUCAACAAACUGCUCAGCUCAGGCUAUCAGAUCUCGGACGGACAGAGCCUGGCAAAGCUCGGGAGCUUGGUGGCUGGCCUCAACAGCAGCACACUUCAAAGUCUGCCUCCAGAAGUGAUCUUGGAAGCCAUUAAGUUGCCUGAGUUUGUUCAGCAAGUGGUGACCUUGCCCUCUCCUCUGAAAAUGACAUUUGUGGAAAAGGCUUCUUCUAGUCUUGGCCAUCCUGCUGACCUGGUUAAAUACAUCCCUGAUGCUCUGGCCAGUUACAUUCCAAAAUCGCUGCUCGUAUUUGGGGAAGAGAAGCCAAAUAUUCAAGAUCUCAAUGUUAAAAUGUGGACCCGAGAACAGGCUGCCAUGUUUUUCAGUGUUGUGGUAAAGACAGAGCCUGAUUUCAGCAGGCUUUCCCAGUCAGUCCUGCAAGGCUUCACCUGUGCAGCUGUCAAUGUGACAGAAGCCGAAAGAUUUCAGGAUCUGGCCAAAGUCAUGAAGAAGAAGAAUGUCAAGCUAGGAGAAGACCAGCUGAGUUGCUUAGUGAAGGUGGUGACGCUGCACGGCAUUCCCAAGGAUUUAGACAGCUAUCCUAAAGACCUACUGUUGUUUUUAAGUCCUUCAGACUAUGCAGCGACAGGAAGCUGUAGGCAGUACUUUGCUAAUAUUGGGAAAGCAAAUCUUGAUGUUCUGCAAAGAGAGUCGUCUCAGCGGAAGGAGCUGCUCUUGGAGGCAUUAGCGUGUCUGAAAAUUCCUGGCACACAAGUAAAUGAGGAAGAUGCUGAAAUUCUGGGACGUCUGGUCUGUGACCUAGGUGGAGAAUACAUUAGGAAUUCUGGUGGGACUCUGCUGAAGCAAUUAAGCCAGUGUGAAUCUUUCCUGCCUGAUCAAGAAGAGGCUAUUAGGAGUGUCGUCAGCAGCGGUAACACUACCUUUGGGCCUCCUGAGGCAUGGUCAGCCUUUACCUUGAAUGAGCUUAGUGGAUUGAUUCCUGUAUUUGACCACAGCAUCUUGCAGAAGAUCCCCAAGGAUGCUUUACUUAUUUGGCUGAAAAACUUUGCACAUGAUUCCCCUCUGUCAAGGGAGCAGCUGGCCACCGUUGUCGAAGAAGUCCUGCCUACAAGGCAUAAGCGUGCUGAAGGCUGCCCACCUGACAAGCAGAUAACAGAAGCUGUUCUUGGUGAUGAAUUGAUGCCUAUUUACUACACACCUGAGGAGUUACGUGCUUGCCUGAAGAACGUCUCUUUGGGGAAUCACCUCUCUCAAAUUCUGACCUACCCCUUCAGUGUUCAGCAGUUAGCUGUGCUGAAGAGGCAUCUGGAUGAGAUCUAUCCUGAUGGGUAUCCUGAGAGUCUGCUCCCUAAUCUGGGCCCCCUCAUCUCUUUCUUCACCCCUGAGGAUGUUUCCAAAUGGAAGAUAACUUCAGCUGGCACGCUGGCUGCCUUGCUGAAAACUCAGCCUCCUGAUGAUCAGGCUUCUGUGAUGAUUAGACGAUAUAUUAGCUUGGGAAAUCCUUUGAAUGCCACUGCACUGAGUGCAAUUGGUACGAAUUAUGUGUGCCUUCUAACUGCGAACGAGUUGAAUAAGAUAGACUCCAACAGCUUGAAGUUGGUAUCUCUGGAUCCUUCAGCCUGCUCACAGCCUACAAAAGACAUCUUAUAUGCUAAAGCAAAACGGGCUUUCUCAGAUCAGCACAAUUUACCUGCUUACUAUAAGCUCAUCGAACCAUAUCUAGGGGGUGCUCCUGCUGUGGACCUCAGAGCUCUAAGCAAGGACAACGUGAACAUGAACAUCAAUACUUUGGCAAAGUUAAGAAAAGAGUCUUUGAUGAGCCUGACACCCUCUGAGGUUCAGGGCUUGCUGGGGAUAAAUCUUCGUGAGCUGACAAAAUGGCAGAACACGUCUCCCAUCCGGGAGUGGGUCCAAAGGCAGAAACAAUCAGAACUGGAUAAACUGCAUAUUGGGCUCACUGGGGGAACACAAGAAGGCUACAUUAACCUCGUCACGCCCAAAUUUCAGACACCAUCUUCAGCCCCACUGGGUCCUGUAGCCAUGACGCUCCACCUCCUGCCUGCUCUGCUUACCAGUUACCUGAUGGUGUCGGUCUUGUCUUGAAAACCUUCCCUGAAGAGACAGCAAGAGGGUGCAGCCUGUGCCCUGCUCUGAGGCCUUGGGAACAGCCAUUCCUGGGGGGUGAGGUGGUGCUCAGUGCAGGCAACUGUUUUCAGCCCAUGGUUCACUUUUAGGUACUUUUCUCUUUCAAAUCACUACACCCCACCCCCCCAAAAAUAAGUGUUCAGUCUAAAGGGAAGAUUUCAGGCUCUUCAGAGCAGGAUCUUUGUUUACCUUUUGUUCAGACCAAGCCCAGGUAAGGCCCAGCCAUGUUACUGCAACACAAACGAUGUAAAUAUUUCACUGCACAGCCCCGGUGGGUUUAAGGGUGAGCAAAUUGACUGUUCUGCAUUUUAGUGCUUACAUUUCUCAAAGAGCCUCAUCUCUUGACACUGCCAAGGUCUCUGAGUGGGAGUGAAGUUUUCUAGUUGAUGUUAAUUAAAGAAUGAAACUAAGUAAAAAACACCAGACACAAAUUAAUGAGUCGCUAUUGUCUUCUCCUCGUUCAGACCACCACACCUUCGUGUCUGCAUGUAUUGGUCCAAAC